AUGGGUCAGUAUUUCUCUGAUACAUCUAAGAAUGAAGACCGUGGAGAUUUGGAAUCCAGCUUUACUAUAUGUUUUAAGACGACUAACACAGAAAGCAAAAACAUUACUCAGGAAACCAUUGAUUCAAUUGAGUUACACCUGACAAAAGGAAACAUUCAGGGGGCAAACUCUGUAAUCAGGGAUGCAUUAAAAAAUAUUGAUAAUGCCCCAAUAAACAUUGCUGUCACUGGAGAGUUUGGAGCAGGGAAGUCCAGCUUGAUCAAUGCCCUGAUGGGGGUGGGACCUGAAGAUGAAGGUGCAGCUCAAGUUGGGGUGGUAGCAACAACUAUGAUGAGAACUCCAUACAAACACCCCAAAAUUCAAACUUUGACUUUAUGGGACCUGCCUGGCAUUGGGACUGUGAACUUUCCACCAAAAGAUUAUCUGGAGAAAAUGAAAUUCCAAGAGUAUGAUUUCUUCAUUAUUGUUUCUGCCACACGUUUUACAAAACUUGAACUAGACCUUGCCAAAGCAAUCAAAUUUAUGAAAAAGAAUUAUUACUUUGUGAGAACCAAGGUGGACCUGGAUUUAGACAAUGAGAAGAAACGCAAUUCACAUACCUUUGACAGAGAAAAGACCCUGCAGCAGAUCAGAAGCAUGUGUGUGAACACCUUCAGUCAGAAUAACAUGGAUGCUCCACAGAUUUUCUUGAUUUCUAACAGCAAUUUAUCUGACUAUGAUUUUCCAGUCCUGAUGGACACCCUGGUAAAGGAUCUUCCUGCUCAAAAGCGCCACAAUUUUAUGCUUUCCUUGGCUAAUAUUACAGAACCAGCCAUUGACAGAAAGCACAACUCUAUGCAGCAGGCUAUCUGGUGGGAAGCCUGCAAGGAUGGACUUUUCGCUACUGUUCCUGUAGUGGGAAUCCUCAUGGAUGAUGUGGAGAAGCUGAAGGAGAAGUUAAACCACUAUCGAGUCCUCUUUGGAGUGGAUGAUGAAUCCCUGCAAGUCAUGGCUAAGGAUUCCCAAGUGCCUGUUGAACAACUGAAAAAAAUGAUUAAAUCCCCUUAUUUGUUGGAAACUGAGAAAGAAACAACAUUAGGAGAAAUGUUUUUGAAAUAUUUGGAGAAAUUUGCCUCAGCUACUGGUGGGCCCUUGGCUACAGGUCUCUACUUUAGGAAAACCUUUUACUUGCAAUUUCUGUUCCUUGACACAGUGACUGAAGACGCCAAAAUUCUCCUUAGACAAAUUUAG